UGAUUUGAGCUCUGUUAGGAAUCACUACAUUCGCCCCUUAUGUCUUAGUUUUCGGUCUACUGGAUUUGUAAACAAAUAGCACAAAACAGUUCUUUUGUUUGUAUUAAAGUGAUCCUGCAGUGCAGUUUCAGUAUAUCAGCAAGGCAUACAUGUGUGGAAAUUCGAUAUUCUCACCAAAUUAGCUAAUUUUAAGCUAUGUUCCAUGCUUAUCUUCAGACCUUUGUGCAUUAAAUCCUAUCUCGAGCUGUUCUCUUUAUACACAAGUGGGUUUUGCUUUUGCCUUCCUGUGUACUUCAGUGCGAAGCUUUAUGUAGGUCAGGCUUGGCUUAAGCAGAUUUCCUGAACCUGCGUCAGCUUAAGCUGGAGGAAUUUUAAUAAACCCUCCCCUGUAGGCGUGGGCCUAAAUGAGGCUAGCCUAGUUAAGCCUGAUCUUUUUCUGUUUGUGAAAAGAGCUGAGCAGAGCCGAAGGCUGCAUGGUGGUUUCAGAAACUGUCUACUUAUUUCAAAAGAACAAUGGUAGGAAAGGCUAGAUCUUCCAAUUUUACCUUAUCUGAAAAGCUCGAUUUGCUAAAGCUUGUGAAGCCAUAUGUGAAAAUUCUCGAAGAACAUACUAAUAAACAUUCAGUAAUAGUAGAAAAGAAUAGAUGUUGGGAUAUCAUAGCAGUUAACUAUAAUGCAAUUGGAGUAGACCGCCCUCCUCGAACAGCCCAGGGCCUACGCACCCUUUACAAAAGGCUCAAAGAAUAUGCCAAACAGGAGCUAUUGCAGCAGAAAGAGGCCCAAUCAGAUUUUAAAAGCAGUAUUUCUGAGCCAACCAAGAAAGUUAUGGAGAUGAUUCCCCAGAUUUCCAGCUUUUGCCUGGUAAGAGACAGGAACCACAUACAAAGUGCAAACUUGGAUGAGGCUGAACAAGCUGGUACCAGUUCCCUGCAGGUAAUGCUGGAUCACCAUCCCGUGGCUAUUGCAGUGGAGGUGAAGCAAGAAGAAGACAUUAAACCACCUCUUCCACUGGUUUUAAAUCCUCAACACAGUGAUACUGUAGAGCCAAGAGAAGAGCAUGAAUUAGUACAUGUUAUGGAAAGAUCCUUGUCGCCCUCACUUUCUUCUGUUGAUAUGAGAAUGACAUCAUCUCCAUCUUCUGUGCCAAGGAGAGAUGAUUUUUUUCGCCAUGAGAGUGGAGAACACUUUAGGUCACUGCUAGGGUAUGACCCUCAGAUCCUGCAAAUGUUAAGAGAUGAGCAUCAGAUAAUUUUAGAAAAUCAAAAAAAUUUUGGAUUAUAUGUUCAAGAGAAGAGGGAUGGAUUGAAAAGAAGGCAGCAGCUAGAGGAAGAGCUACUAAGAGCAAAAAUUGAAGUGGAGAAGCUUAAAGCAAUUCGUUUACGGCAUGAUUUACCGGAAUAUAGUAGCUGCUAAGAUUUUUUCAGUUUUUCAACUUGAUCUUUUUAAUUUUGUCAAAAUUACUUUCAUCUGGGAAUAUCUUGAAACCGAACACUUCCUAUAAAAAUAUUAAUUCUGAUUUGGAAAAAAAAAACUUUUGACGUUUUACUUUUCUUUAUAAUCCUAUCCAUUUUAUACAUGUUUUUCUAAUUUUCUUUUCAGAUAUUAAAACUUAAGGAUUGGCAUGGUAAUAUUUUUAUUGUCUUUCCACAUUUUUUCUAAGAUAUUUAGUUGUUAGCAUUACAAAAGAUCUUUUGUUUUUUGAUGAUUGAAAAUACGCAUGAGCUGAAGAGAUGCUCAGCAGUUAAGGCACUUGCCUACAGAGCCUAAUGACCCCAGUUCAAUUCUCCAGUACUCAUGUAAAGCCAGAGGCAUGAAGUGAUGCAUGCAUCUGUUUGCAGUGGCUAGGAGGC